AAGAGGAGGAAAUGGAAAAGGAUUUGAAUGCGAAGCUUCUGCAAGAAAGGAGGGAAGGAGAAGGAUCAGGAGGGGCGGUUGAGGGAGAUGAGGAGGAGAAGGAUUUGGGGAAGAAAGUGUGGAGCGAGUGGAAGAAGCUAUGGGUAGUGGCUGCUCCUGCAAUCUUCACGAGGUUCUCCACAUUCGGCAUCCAAGUCAUCAGUCAGGCCUUCAUCGGCCAUAUCGGCUCUGUAGAGUUAGCUGCAUAUGCUCUCGUCGCUACUGUCCUCUUGAGGUUCGCCAAUGGUAUCUUGUUGGGCAUGGCCAGUGCACUAGAAACUUUGUGCGGGCAAGCAUAUGGAGCAGGGCAAUACCAUAUGUUAGGCAUCUACCUUCAAAGAUCAUGGAUUGUUCUGUUCAUUUGUUCACUAUUUCUUCUUCCCUUCUUCUUCUUCACAACUCCAAUUCUAAAGCUAUUAGGCCAAGAAGACCAUAUUGCGGAGGUAGCGGGGACAAUAGCACGGUGGUUCAUACCUGUGACGUUUUCAUUCAUCAUAUCCUUCACCUGCCAAAUGUAUCUGUCUGCACAGAGCAAAAACUUGAUCAUUGCAUACUUGGCAGCAGCUGCGCUUGCAAUCCACCUCUUUUUGUCAUGGCUUUUAACAGUGAAGUACAAAUAUGGACUUCCUGGUGCAAUGAUAUCAACAAUCUUAGCGUUUUGGAUUCCAAAUGUGGGUCAGUUUAUGUUUGUUACUUGUGGAGGCUGUCCUGAAACAUGGAAUGGUUUUUCUCUUCUUGCUUUCAAGGAUCUCUGGCCAGUCAUCAAGCUCUCACUGUCAUCUGGUGCUAUGCUCUGUCUCGAGCUUUGGUACAACACAAUCUUAGUUCUUUUAACAGGGAAUAUGAAAAAUGCUGAAGUUGCCAUUGAUGCUCUGGCUAUCUGCCUCAAUAUCAAUGGGUGGGAGAUGAUGAUAUCUCUUGGUUUCUUGACUGCAGCAAGUGUGCGGGUGUCAAAUGAACUUGGAAGAGGGAGCUCGAAAUCUGCGAAAUUUUCAAUUGUGGUAGCUGUUCUUACGUCGCUAUCCAUUGGAAUUGUUCUGUUCUUUCUGUUUCUGUUUCUUCGGGGGAGACUGGCUUAUAUAUUUACAAACAGUCGUGAAGUGGCCCAAGCAGUUGCCAAUCUUUCACCUCUGUUAGCUUGCUCUAUACUUCUGAACAGUGUUCAACCAGUCCUCUCAGGGGUUGCUAUUGGUUCCGGCUGGCAGAGCAUUGUAGCUUAUGUAAACUUAGCAUGCUAUUACUUGGUAGGGAUUCCUAUUGGAGUUGUGCUUGGAUAUCUUAUUCAUUACAAUGUCAAAGGGAUUUGGAUGGGAAUGUUAUUCGGGACACUUGUUCAAACUAUUGUACUUGUUUUCAUUACCUGGAGAACUGACUGGAAUAAGCAGGUAUUUAGUUACUGAUAGUCCAAGUUUCUACCUUGUAGUGGGGU